AUGGCAUCCAAAAGUCAAAAAAUCCAUCCCUGCUUGCACUGUGGUAAGAACUUUGUGGGUAAAAAGUAUCUAUUAGGACAUAUGAGAAUUCACACCGGAGAAAAACUUGACGAGUGUGAAAUAUGUGGAAAGAGUUACACAUGGAAAAGUAGCUUAGUAAGCCAUAUGAAGAAACACACUAAUGAAAAACCAUACAAAUGUACAAAAUGUAGCAAGAGCUUUGAUUCACAAGAUAUCCAAGAAGCCCAUAUAAGAAUGCACAUUGGAGUGGAACCAUAUCAGUGUCAGUUGUGUGCCAGGGGUUUCACUCAAAAGAGUAACUUGAAACUCCACAUGCGAACACAUACUGGUGAGAAACCAUACAAGUGUGAACUUUGUGGAAAAGAAUGUGCCUUGAAAAGUAACUUGGCUAUCCAUAUGAGAACUCAUAAUACUGCUCCUAAGGAGUCGUAUGCAGUGAUGCCAAUUACAGAUGCAUUCACCACCUAUGUUCAUGACAUCAAUGCUACACAGCUGUUGACCAAGAAGGCAUUUCAGUGUGGAAUAUGCGGUGAGGGCUUUUCUAACAAAUGUGCUUUUGACUAUCACCGUAAAUCUCACCCCAGCAAAGAACAGACAUUCAAGCAACUGAGAAUUGAAGUGAUGAAAAACAUCAUCGAUGAUCACAUGAAAACGGCACCAGCCGAGUCGGACAUCAAGCGUUAUUUCUGUAAGGAAUGUGGGGAAGGUUUCUCCCAUAAAUGUGGGCUGGGCUUGCAUGUGGUAACUCACAGGGAUCAGAGAAGACAGCAAAAACGAUUAAAGAAAAAGUUUGGAAUAAGUGAAAUAACAGCUGAGCAUCAAAAGUAUAUAGAGCAGUUUAAAAGUCAUGUGAAAAAAGUGGGUAAAAAACGCCUACUAUGUGAAUUGUGUGGGAAAAGUUUCAACAAAGAAGAAACUUUCCAGGCCCAUAUAUUCAAAGUGCAUGAUGAUUCAUAUCAGACAGCACCAUCAGAAGAUGAUGGGUCAUAUCACAAUCAGGAAGGAAGUUAUAGUGUUCUAUAUCCUACUGAUGGGGUCUAUAUCAAUGGUCAAUAUCCCACUGAAGAUGCAAGUGAGCCAUAUCCUACUAAUUUAAUUCCAAGCUCUGUUUGUGUGCCUGAUUUUGGCCAUUUUAUAAACUGUGAUUCCGGUUACCAUUCAGCUCACAACACUGUCAAACGACCAGUAGAAACUGUGUCAGUGCCUUCUGUAGGUAAUGCUGAGAAAUUGGAUACAACUUCAGCUGAAAUUGAAGAAUAUAACAUAUUCCGAAUAAAGUUCAAAUUUUAG